AUGUUCACCUGCAGCGCAACAGAGGAAGUGAUUAACGUCACCCUGCCAGAUGAGAAGCAGAACUAUGUCCACCGCAUCGGCAGAGUUGGAAGAGCUGAGAGAAUGGGACUGGCCAUCUCCUUGGUUGCUAUGGAGAAGGAGAAGGUGUGGUACCACGUUUGCCCGAACCGAGGCAGAGGCUGCUACAACACCCGACUGAAGGAGGACGGAGGUUGCACCAUCUGGUACAAUGAGAAAGAGCUCCUGUCAGAAAUUGAGGAGCAUCUAAAGUGCACCAUCACCCAGUGUGAGCCAGACAUCAAAGUACCUGUGGAUGACUUUGAUGGAAAGGUUACCUAUGGUCAGCGCAGGGCAUUGGGAGGCGGUAACUACAAGGGUCACGUGGAUAUUCUGGCCCCGACAGUCCAGGAGCUGGCUAGCCUCGAGAGUGAAGCCCAAACUUCCUUCCUGCACCUGGGAUACAUGCCAAACCAACUUUUCAAAGCCUUCUGAACACAGGCCAACUAGCACAACACUGUAGGCUGCUGAUACAGAAUAAAGAAAAACUGAACAUUUUCACAUGUUGCACCAACAGGAUAAAAAGUCUUUAUGCAACCAAGUAACAAUGUGCAGUUACAUUUCAAGGUUUCUUUUUCACCCAGACAUAAACACAUAACCAUAACUCAUAGUUAAUGUACAUCAAAUGUAAAUUAAAGCGUGUCAAAAUGCAAACAUUUCACUGGGUAUGCUAAACUUCUCUACAGUCUGCAUCCAGAGGAUAACCGGACUCCUGAUUUCUGUUUAGUCGUGUAAUGCUAGCACUAAUUCAAAACCUAAUUUGCUGGAAUUUGUGUUUUGUUUUCUGAUUGAUAUGGCUGAAGGAAGUGUUUGGCAAGUCAAUGUAUUUAAGUGGCUUUAUGUUUUCUUUUCUGAAAUAAAUGGUGAUAGCAUGCUCAGUUUGGGUUAAUUGUCUUGUAUUUACUGAGAAAGGAAUAAAACAAAAUUAUGAAUGGC